AUGAAACGAGAAUACCUCCCGAUCGAAGCCCUUCCAGCUUGGCAGAGGCUAAACGGGAUCGUCACUACAGGCGUUGAAUUUCGGAAACUCGGCUCCAAUGAACAUGGCACCGACAAAGGCAGCGCGAUUGUCGCAACAGAAGCCAAAACAAUCAGCGAGAACGAUGCAAAACCCGAGAUCCUGAUCCAAAUCCCAGGCGAUGUAGUUCUGUCCUUGGAGACCGUUCACAACUACGCCAAGUCCGACCGGUACUUGCGCGAUGUGUUGGAGGCCACCGGUGAUUUUGGAAGGACAGCUAGAGGGGCAAUCCUGAUAUUCCUGCUCGUCCAAAUAUCCCACAGCAGUCCUGAUCUGCGCACAAAACAACAGACCGUCGGCGUCUCCAAUCCAUGGACUGAAUACGUCAAGCUCCUGCCGCCGUCGUUUCCCUUGCCUACAUUCUACACUAGCCCAGAACAUGACCUCCUUCGGGGUACAUCGCUUUCAGAUGCGCUGUAUGCCAAAUUUGCGUCUCUCGAACGAGAGUUCGCCAAUCUCCGUGAAGCUACUGAGGGAAUUGCUUGGUGUCACGAGAGCUGGUGGGAUGAGAACACUGGUGUGCUGACAGUUGAUGACUGGAAAUAUGUUGAUGCUGCGUUUCGGUCGCGCAUGUUGGAUUUACCCGGAAGUGGUCUUUCGAUGGUGCCUUGCGUUGAUAUGGCCAACCACGUCUCGGGGGAUGGCGCCAAAGCGCUGUAUGAUGCGGACUCUGAGGGGAAUGCGAUUCUUCAGCUACGAUGGGGCCAAACCCUACAGCCCGGAGAUGAGGUUACGAUUUCGUACGGCGACGAAAAGUCCGCACUUGAGAUGUUAUUUUCCUAUGGAUUUCUGGAAACCGGCAGGACUGAAGCACGAGAGAUAUCGCUGAAAUUCGAUAUUCCAGAGGACGAUCCUCUCAGGAUUGCAAAAAAGCUCUUCUGCCAAAACGAUGGAGUCCGAAUCUUGGCAGCGCAAGACAAUGAGGCACCAGAGGAGAUAACAUGGGAGAGUACGCUUGUAUGGAUAGCAUGCGUGAACGAGGAAGAUGGACUUCACUUUGAGGUCGCACAGAAAAUUGACGGAAGCAGGGAAAUGGAAACGAGCUGGAAAGGCGAAAAGAUCCAAUCACCAAGCCAUCUCCGCGAGCUUCUUCGUGCGGAUCCUUUAUGGAAUAUUUUUCAGCUUCGCGCCGUGGUUUUACUUCUAGAACGGCUUGAGACCCAGCUUGCCAUGCUCAUGGAGAUGGAAGAGGUGAUCUCGAGUAUUAUAGAAGACAAGACGGACUUGGAGUCCCUGUUUCGGCCCGAGAUAUUUGAGUUAGCUUCCCAAUACCGAGGCCUGGAAGGUGGACUGCUAGUGAAGGCCAUUGAGAAAUUGAUCAAAGAGAGGACAGAGUUGCUGGCCUCUAAACCGGUGGCUGAAUAUUUCAAGUCGGAAACAGAGGUUUCAGAUGAAGUGGAAGACUUUUCAUGA